UCCCCGGCCGCUCGCGCUGCCCCGAUGAUGUUACCGAGCCCCGUCACUUCCACCCCUUUCUCUGUCAAAGACAUCCUCAACCUGGAGCAGCAGCAGCAGGACCCGCACUAUGGGGCCCAGCUCCCGCACCACCUGGAGCACCACUUUCACCCCGCCGCCUGCCUGCUGGCGGCCGCCGACGGCGCCCGCUUCUCCGACGGCGAGGAGGAAGAGGAGGAGGAGAAGCUGUCCUACCUGAGCUCCGUGGCAACGCCCGGAGGCCAGGCGGACGCGCGGCUCUCCGCCGACAGCUACGUGCACGCCGUGCUGCGCGGCUCCUGCGAGGCUCCCGGCCCAGGAGAGGAUCUGGACCCCACGGCCCGCGACCCGAAGAACUGCGCACUGAAGAAACCGCUGGACGCCGCGGAGAAGCCGGAGGAGGCGGAGAGGCCGAAGCAGCGGAGUCGGAGGAAGCCGCGCGUCCUCUUCUCGCAGGCGCAGGUCUUCGAGCUGGAGCGACGGUUCAAGCAGCAGCGUUACCUGUCGGCUCCCGAGCGGGAGCACCUGGCCAGCAGCCUGAAGCUCACCUCCACGCAGGUGAAGAUCUGGUUCCAGAACCGGCGCUACAAGUGCAAGCGGCAGCGGCAGGACAAGUCGCUGGAGCUGGGCGGCCCCGCGGCCCCGCCGCCGCCGCGCAGGGUGGCCGUGCCCGUGCUGGUCCGCGACGGCAAGCCGUGCCUGGGCGGCUCGCAGGGCUACAGCUCGGCGUACAACGGGCCUUACUCCUACAACGGCUUCCCCGCCUACGGCUACGGCAACGCCGCCUCCUACAACCCCGGCUACGGCUGCACCUACCCGGCGGGCAGCGGCGGGGCCUCGGUGCAAGCCGCCUGCAGCCCGGCGGCGGCCGCCGGCCCCUUCGUGAACGUGGGCGGCCUGGGGGGCUUCGGCGGCGGCGGGCAGGCACUGCACCAGGCGGCGGCGGGGCCCUCCUGCAGCCAGGGCGCACUGCAGGGCAUCCGGGCCUGGUAGCCCGCACGCACUCAGGGCCGGGAGCGGACCGGCACGACGGCCCCGCAGCCCCGCAGCGCCCUUACGCCCCGCGGACUGAAGGCGGAGGGGCGGCGCGGCGGGACCCCGGCUCUCUCCCGGGGCCGCGGGGCGGAGCGGAGCGGCGGAACGGAACGGGACUGGACGGGAUAGGACGGGCCGAGCCCGCGGCGGAGCGCCGCCGCCCCGAGGUGCCGCCGCGACGGGCGGGCCGGAGCUGACCGCGCCACGAUAUCGGGGCAGCUUCGCUUGUAAAAAGCCGACGGCGGGGCCCGGGGCUCCCGCGGCCCUUCUCUCUAUCUACUCUGUAUCGGUUUCUGCCAGCGCCAGCUCGCGGAGUCAGUCAAUAAACCAGGUGCAAUAUCC